UCUAGUGCUUAUACUACUGUUCGCUAGAUGUAACUCGCGAUCAAUACUCCUCUGCUUCUUUAAGUCAUAUUCUACUAUUUAGUAAGAUUAAAAAUCAUAACACUGAGCUCCCAUGGAUUUCUUGUGCUCCAUUUUACUGAUCAUCUUGAGGUAGUUGAAGCACGAAAAAGAUGCCAAGGGUCUGUUGGGUGUGGAACACGCAAAGUUGCUUCAUGUUCCAUGAAUCAUGCAUGCUGCAUACAACUUCUCCGCAAAGGAAGAGCAGACAGCCACAUUUCAUAGCUUAAAACUCCACGGCUCCACCUCUUUUGCAACGACCAAAACAACAAAGGCAACUGCAAUAUCUGUUUCUAAUAGAAUUCUAUCUGCUGUUGCGUUCCUGUUGAGUCGUCUUUUCCCCUUAGUAUGUGCACUGCAACUCUGCACUUUGCAAGUAAUUGCCAUUUCUAUAUUAGCUCAAGAUUACCUCGCAUAUAAGGUGCUAUUUGUUAUUCGAUUUCUGCAUGCAUUUGAUAUUCUGUCAAAAUCGAGCUACUCGAAGAAUUUCUCUCUAUGCUCAUCAGUUUUCAUAUUCUGUUGAUUUGGUUUGAAGGUGCCAGGUGCUGUUUGGUCAAUAUGAUUGUUGGUGGUGGCUAUUUUGAAGGUUCCCAUGAUCAUAAUCCCAUGGCAGAACCUUCAAGAAAAGCUGACUUUGCAAGUGAGAGACAGAGGAGGGAAUGGCUGAAUGAAGCGUUCUGGGCUUUAAGAAUGCUCCUCCCCAAUCCUAAGUGUGACAGGGUCUCAAAUGUAGAGGAUGCCAUUGAGUACAUACAUGAGCUGAACCGGACAGUGAAGGAACUGAAGAUCCUAGUAGAACAGAAGUGGCAUGGGACUAAUAGGAAAAAGAUGAUAAAGAUGGACGGAGAGGCAGCUUCCGAUGGCGAAAGCUCAUCGACGAGGCCAGUGAGCGAUGAGCAACAAUGAGCUCGAUGGGGCCAUAAGGAGCUCCUGGGUGCAGAGGAGGUCCAAGGAGUGCCAUGUUGAUGUCCACAUAGUGGAAAAUGCAGUAAACGUCCAGCUCACUGAAUGGAAGAACGCCAACUCCCUUCCUCAUGCUGCGAAGGUUCUCGACGAGUUCCAUCUUGAGAUCAUCAGCGUGGUUGGACAGAUUGUUGACGAUCACCGCAUAUUCGUCUUCAACACUAAGGUGUCCGAAGGCUGCUCGGUGUAUGCCCUUGCAGUGGCCGAGAGGCUCCUUCAAGCAGUGGAUGCACAGCACCAGGCCCUCAACAUACUCGGCCAGGCUCUAGCAGCCAAAGUGACUAUCUGAAGAAGUUCAUAGUCUGCAACUGUCUUUGAGUAGCAAUUUCAUGUCUGUUCUCUCAGUGAGAAAUGUGGUUAAAUCGGGCUUUGAGGUGGAGAUGACUUUGUCUUGU